UAUAACCUAAAUCUAUAUGUAGCGCCCCCAAGUCUCCAUUAAUGUCAGGAGGCGAUGCCCUGAGUUUUUUUUACCUCAAUUAAUUUGAUUGUUUUUAAUUAAAAGUCUAUGUCAAUUAAAUUGGUUCCUCAAGAAUGCGUUACGAUACACUAAUUUACCUAUAUGUUAAGUCUAUGAGUAAGGCUAAAGUACACCUCUUAGCUUAAACAGUUAAAUGACAACAGGCAUCACCACCUUUAUAUUAAUAGACAGCUGCGGUAUUAACAAUUAAGUACUAAGCUUGCUAACCAAAGAAACACAAUCACCCAAGUAUUGCAAAACAUACAAACUAUUUACUUGUAGUACACAGAAUGUAUACACAAAUGAAUGUAGAAUUGAAUUAAACUGGUACUGUGAAACGGUUUUUCAUAUAUGCAAAAUGCACUUAUCAACAAAAAUGUCCGUUAAAGUACAGUCCGUUCUCCAAUGGAAAAAUCACUCUGUAAAUUUCAUACAAAAAUAACAAUUUGUUUUAACUCAAACCUAUAAUCAGCAAUAAUUUAAAAUGUAAGAUGAAAAAAGGUACAAAGCAGAAGAAUCAAUCCUGCACAGCUCCUUGGUCACAUAGUAACCUGAAGAAUCGCAUGGCUGCUCUGGGAGAGUCAAACCAAAAAGAAAAGUGACACGACCCUUUCUGAAGUCCAGUCCAGGAAGUCUCUCUUUCGCCCAACAAAGAAUGUCAGCCUGGAGCUUUGCACCGCUAAACCACCUGCUGUUCUCCUGCUUUGCGGAGGUAUAACAGGGGCUGGCUAACUCAGUGCACUGGGCUAGCUCACAAAUGGCUCAAACAUUGUACCCUGAAGGUAGGCUGUGUAUCAGGGUGAUACUGCACCAAUACACACAGCAAAACUGGUGACAAAAUGGUUUGAUGAACAUGAAAGUGAAGCUGAACAUCUCCCAUGGCCUGCACAGCCAACAAAUCGAAAUAUUAUUGAGCCACUUUGAGGUGUUUUGGAGGAGCGAGUCAGGAAACGUUUUCCUCCAUGAGCAUCACAGGGUGACCUGGCCACUAUUCUGGAAGAGGAAUGGCUCACAAUCUGGUCACUGUGAAAGACUUGAAUGCUGUAUUGGCUGCAAAAGGAGGCCCUACACCAUACUAAAUAAUUAUUGUGGUCUAAAAGCAGGUGUUUCCGUUUCAUAGUCCAACCCCUGUAAAUAUGUGGCUAUGUGUGUCAUGGAGAGCAAGAUGGGGUAGAGGAAAAGAGAAUUUGUCUGCAGGGAUCAGAGUGUCAUUAAAGAAACUCAUGUUUUUGACCUAAAAACAUGGUGUUCACUUCUGCUCUCUCAAAACCACUAGUGUGAAACCCUAACUGUGUCUUACUAACUUGCUCCUCACACUCAAACCUUAAACACAUGUCACCAUGCACUGUUCGCACAACAUGUCACAGAAUGCCACCAGCAAUAAUUCCAUAACAAAAUUCACAAGUUCUUUUGAAAGGCCACAUCACUCAAAAUGCAGGAAACGAGGAAUCAAAAGCUAAACUCGUACUUUACUGUGAACUUCACUUGUGCAUUUGUGCUGUUUGCCUGUGCAGCUGUUAUUGUUGUGCACGAGCUACUCUUAGCCAAGAGGUGACUCUGCAUAUAAUGCAAUUUCAGAAGAGCAAGAACUGCUAAAAAGUACAGUGAUAUUUCUGUAUGUGUGCAGCCUCUCAGUACAACUGCUUGAUAGAAGCAUUAACAUGGAAGUAAUCAUGUGCCGGCAGCUUAAUGGUUAGGAAAAAUGUAACAAAGUGUGAAGGCAGAGCGAACAGAAGACACGGCUGAAAAGAUAACAGCAGAGUACAGGGCAGCCUCACCCAAAGAAAGGAAGGGUCUUUUAUGAACUCCAUUACAUUUAAGUAUUUUGCAGAUACUUUAAUCCAAAGUGACACACAUUUGAAAAAGCAGAGUCAGCCAGCCCCUGCAGUCGCUGGGAGUUAAGGGUCCAAUUGUGUUCUUCAGAGUGUUGGAAUUGAUUCUGCACACAAGACAGCCCCUAUGGGGGAACCAUGACUAUGUGUAGGUGUUAGAGUCUCUGCAGUCUAACUUGAUUAGCUGUACAGCACCCUCCAUAAUUUGUGCACUUCUAUGUAGAAUAACAGGUGCAGUGACCGGUCGAAAACCCCAGAAGGUGUGGACAUACAGCGUUACCCCCUGAGCCCUUGAGAAACAGUCGAUUUGCACAAAAAGCACAAGAUUUUGCAAUGUGAUUUUUUUUUUCUGAGCAAUUUUGUAAACUGAGACGCUAUUUCUCAAUACAUCUUACUCUUAGAUGCUGCAGACCUCAAACAAUUUGUGGUUGGGAGCUGACAGAUGGAUACCGUUUCUUCAGUGGAACACAUUUCAGAGAAGGAUCCAGUGUCUGGUAUCUUCCUAACUACAUUGAAUGCUCAACCAUGAAGAAAAGCUGGUAUGGGGUGCAUGUCAAGGUGUAUUACGGAUGUUUGGCUUGUCUGUAGUGAUUGGUGUUAUUAGGAGAGUGAUAAAGUAGUAGGGGAAUAGCCAUGCAGAUAUCUUGUCCCAUGAGCUGAUGCAGUUUGCAUCUAUAUCGAGCUUGUGCUUAUGCUGCAGCUGCGCCGUUCAGCCACACCACUUCCCCUCUCGGCCCCUCCCCUGUCUCGCCUUCAUGCCAAAUGUGAAAAAGCAGAAAAACAGCAGCUCACUUCCCCUUGAGUCUGCUGGACACAUACAUCCAACAAGCACAACACAUUUACCCCCAGUUUGAAGGACAGUGGAGCCACGUCCCUCAGAAAAUCACAGCCGUCUGACCCCGCAGCUGUUCCAUCAGGUGCCCGGAGAUGACGAAUCAGAACAAUACUUCCAACACCACCAAUCCUCUGCCUCUGGAUAGAACCAGCUCUGCCGCACUGGUGUGGAUCUACAGUCUGACACUAAUCGGCGGGAUCGUGGGGAUCAUCUUCAUGAGCUUCAUCCUGAAUCGGCAGAAGGACAAGCUUUCCAUCACAAACAUCUCCAUCAUCAACUUGGUGGUGGUUCACGGCACGUUCCUGCUCUCGGUGCCCUUCCGGAUCCAUUACUUUGCUACCGAAACAUGGACUAUCACCUUUGAGUUAUGCAAGCUUGUAAGCAUCAUUAUCCACACACACCUGUACCUCUCCUUUUUCUUCUACUUGGCCAUCUUGGUGGUGCGGUUCUUACCUGUCAUAGGAAGAAAGCCGAUGGGCUUCAACCGGCCGUUAAUAGCAUUUCUCGCCAGCGCGACUGUCUGGCUGUUCUUCUUCCUUAGCAUAUUUCCACCUCUCUGGAUACACUAUGGAAAAAACCAGAAAAAUAAUGAAUUUGAAGGAAAAUGCUUCAAGUUUGAGUCGGAUAUCAAGGAUUAUGUCAUAACUGUCAACAUCAUAAUGGCUGUCGUCAUAAUAGCUACUAGCUGUGCUGCCCUAGUCAUCCUGUUAUUGGUACUAAUGAAGAUUGCAAGGUCAAACCAUGGGAAUCUCUUCUCCAACCAGGAGUUUCGGGCACAAAUAAACAACAUAAGGUUCAUUGCCAUCAUGUUUAUUUGUUUCCUGCCCUAUCACAUCUUCCGGAUCUAUUACGUGUUGCACGUACACAGCGAUAAAACUUUAGCAAACAAAAAUGAGGUAUAUUUGGCCAUUACGUCAUUGUGCUGCUGGGAUCUGCUGACGUUUGUUAUAAUUAAAAGGUGAAGGAUUAUAUCUCUCAUUUAUUCCGCCGUCAAGAAACGGACACUGAAGAAAAUCAGCU